AUGAAGGAAUUCGACUUGGUCAUCGUAGGAGCUGGUUGGUACGGCCUUGCAGCAGCAAGAGCCUACAUUGAACUGCAUCCAAAUGAAGAGAUAGUGGUGCUCGAGGGCGGUUCCAGUAUCGGCGGUGUCUGGAGUCUUGAGCGUCUGUAUCCCGGUCUCAAAUCUAACAACAUGCUUGGCACCUACGAGUUCAGUGACUUUCCAAUGGAUACUGCGACCUUCGGCGUCAAGCCGGGCGAACAUAUUCCAGGUACAGUCCUUCACAAGUACUUGACAGCGUACGCAAAGCAGUUUGGAAUCUAUACACGCACCCGGUUGAACAUUCGGGUGGAUUCUGCUGAAGAGAACAUCAAGACCAAAAACUGGACUCUCAAGACGCGGAACACCUUGACUGGCGAAGAGGCAGCUCUACAGGCAAAGAAACUGAUCAUCGCCACUGGAUUGACUUCCGAGCCCCAUCUCCCAUCCUUCAAGGGAGAAGAUGACUUCAAGGCACCGAUUUUCCACUCGAAAGACUUCCGUAAACAGUCCGACACUCUUACGAGUGCCCGCAAUGUCACUGUCCUAGGAGGCGGAAAGAGCAUGUGGGAUGCUGCGUAUGCUUACGCCAGCGCCGGAGUUUCCGUUGACAUGGUCGUUCGCAAGAGUGGUCGCGGACCGGUAUGGAUGGCGCCGCCAUACGUGACACCGUUGAAGAAGUGGCUGGAGAAGCUUGUACACACUCGUUUCUUGACAUGGCUAAGCCCGUGUGUCUGGGGCGAUGAAGAUGGCUAUGGAGGUAUUCGACGUUUCUUGCACGGCACGUGGCUGGGACGCAAAAUCGUCGACGCCUUCUGGAGCAUCCUCGGAAGCGAUGCAAUUGACCUGAUGGAGUUCAACAAACACCCAGAGACCAAGAAGCUGAUACCGUGGCAGUCAGCUUUCUGGAUUGGAAGUGGUCUCAGCAUUCGCAAUUUCCCAACUGAUUUCUUCGAGUACAUCCGCAACGGUCAAGUCCGCGUCCAUAUCGCAGACGUCACGCACCUUUCUAAAAAUAUCGUCCACCUCUCAACUGGCGACUCGAUCAGAGCUGACGCACUCUUCUGCGCAACGGGCUGGAAGUCACGUCCACCCAUCAACUUUCUUCCUGCUGGGCGCCUUGCUGACCUCGGUGUACCCUAUUACUCUGCACAGCCAGAUCCACUCGUCACAGAAGCCGACUCCUUCAUCCUCAAAAAGUUUCCCCGUCUCCAGGAUCAGCCAAAUGUACCAAAGUCCGUACGCAUGGAGACCGACGAGGACACACCAAACCAGCCCUUCCAACUCUACCGCUUCAUCGCACCGCCAUCAACACUAACGACGAGAAAUAUCGCCUUCGCGGGUAUGAUUUCGACCAUCAGUACCUCCAUUUGCGCACAAGCACAGGCGCUCUGGAUAUCGGCGUACUUUGACGGCGAAUUGGAUCGCCUGCCGACGUUGGAGCAGGCGCGUUGGAUCACAACGCUUCAUUCGAGAUUCGGACGGUGGAGGUACCCCUGCGGAUACGGUGCGAGGCUGCCAGACUUUGUCUUCGAUGCUGUGCCCUAUCUGGACAUGCUCCUGAACGACAUUGGCUUGCAGUCUCACAGAAAGAGCAGCAUGAUCACGGAGUGGACUGAACCGUAUGGUCCUGAGGACUACAAGGGGCUGACGAGUGAGUGGGCGAGGAAGCAUAGUGUUAAGCUUUGA